AAAAUUGUUGCCGCAGUACUACCAAUACAAACAAGCUUUUAGACGCGCUCGUUAAGAUAAAAGUUAUGCGCUCCCCGAUCUUGAAAAUAUGCGUUUAUCAAGUGGCGUAGUAUGCGACAGAGACUUUUAUAAAUAGCGAAUCACUUUUAUUUAUUAAAAGUGCAAUUUGCCAAAUAUUGAAUUACAAAUUUAUGGACUAUUAUCAAAAAAGUUCGACUGGUUUUAGAAUGCGACUAUAAACCAAUAAUAUAUUACAGCGGAUUUUCAAUUUUUAGAAAUUCUUUCGAAAUAAUUAAAUGUUUAUAUAAUUUUUCAAUUUAAAGUUAUGAACAUAAUCAUAGAAAUGAUCAAUUAACAGCUGUUUUGACAUAUUAAAACUGUCAAUUGCAAUUCGGUAAAUAUACAAAUGGCUUUUACAUAACCUACAAGUUGUAAAACAUAUUUUGAUUUCUCCAAAUAUAUGUACAAAUUUUUUAUGAGAGGUGUAAACAUUCAAAUCUAGUAAAAUGGAUAGAAGUAAUACUUUUACGUAUUCACACUACAAUAAAGAUGAUAAUUUCUACAAUAACCCAGAUUUAAUUAGAAGACUACCAAUUAACGACGAUUUUCUUCCCAAACAAGAGCCAUUUCCAGAUUAUAAUAACUACAUUCAUGCAGAGGAUAUUAAAGUUAAAAGAUAUAUCGGUUCCGGUGUUACUUUCAUUAGCCUUUUAGCUGAAAAUUUACUCAGUCAUCCCUUUGUCGUCCUUAGAAGACAAUGUCAAGUUCACCAAAAUGCACGUAAAUAUCAUUUACAACCAUUUACCCUUUUACCUGCAGUUUGGAGAUUGUAUCAGCAUCAAGGUAUUACUACUUUGUGGAAAGGUGUAGGUUCAGUGUUGUUAGUGAAAGGAAUUUCUCUUGGAGUAGAAGAUGUCGUUUCAAAGGUAACACCAUGGCCAAAAGAAAUAUCCUCAAAUAGUAGUCUUAAGCACUUUUUACAGCAUACUAUGUUAAAAUGUGUCAGUUUAGCUACAGUAACCCCAUUUUAUUCAGCUUCAUUCGUAGAAACUGUCCAAAGUGAAAUAGCUAGUGAAAAACCAGGCAUUUUAGAUGUUUUUAGAGAAGGUUUAAUGAGAUUGUUACACUGGGGCUCACCAACUAAUGGGAGAAUGUUACCCAUAUGGGCUCUCAUUAUACCUACAAUUACCCUAGGUCUAGCUAAAUAUAUGUUCUCUAUGAUGGUUAAAGGAAUAACAGUUAAGAUCUUAGUUGCAAGAUCUAAGGCUAAAUAUGAAGAAAGUGGGGCACUACCUAAAGACCCAUACAAUUCUGAAAUACAAGACAUACAACUAACGGCUUCUUUAGUUGCUACUAUUAGCACCGAUAUUCUUUUUUAUCCAUUCGAAACAGUUAUUCAUAGAAUCCAUCUACAAGGUACCCGUACUAUCAUUGACAAUUUAGAUACAGGGAGUUCAGUAUUACCAAUAUUAACAAACUAUUCAGGUGCAUUAGAUUGUUAUGAAAGUUGUUUGUUAAAUGAAGGAGUUUGUGGUUUGUACAAAGGAUUUGGAGCUCUUGUACUUCAAUAUAGUGCACAUAUCGCUCUCCUUAAAAUGUCCCAUUGGAUAUUAACACAUGUAGGAAAUCUGGUAUCACCAAAUCCAAAAAAGAAACCAGAUGUACCAGUUAAGGUAUCCCCGCCCGCUAUAUCUAAUUUGACUACUUCACGAAGAUCUUACUUGCUUCCUUGAAGGCAAAAUUUUUAUAGAAGCAGUUGGUAAUUUAAGCACUUUGAGAGAUUUUUUCUUGUGUAUGCAAUGGAGUGUCUCAAUAAGUAUUCCUAAGGUUUUGUUGUAUAGUACCUUAGAUUUAAAUACUCACAAGGUACACACCGGUAUUAGGAAUUUGAUUAACAUAUUUUCUAGUAAAAAAGAAUCAAAUCAAAUAACCGGUUUAUUGGUGAUUUCUUCUAAUCAAUCCACUGAACUAUAUCACAUGGGAAAUGAAUUUUUCAAAUUUAAUAUUGAAAAUAAUUGAUGUAAAUAUUUGAAAAACAUGUUAGGGGUUUUCUAGUGCCAGAUUAAGUGGAAAUUUUUACCCAGAAUACCUUAAUUUGUAUUCGAGCCCUACCGACACUUCCUAUAUACAUUGGUCUAACCAGUUCGAAUAGCAAAGCUUAUUUUUGAGUAAAAUUUUGAUAAGAGCCAUUUUGUUGACAAGAUUUGUUUUUAUUGCCAUAUGAUGGUACUUUUUAAUAUAUCAGAUACUCAAAUAAAAUUUACAUUUGACCGUUUCUGUACCCCAAAUAACAAAUUGGAGAAAGGUGGCACAAAUUCUGGGUUUCAAAGCGUUAUAUUUAAAUUUAAAAGGCGAUGUGUAUCUAGCGAGACUAAUCUAUGGUAGGACAAGUUUUGAAUAACAAACUACAUAGUAUGAGUCUUUAUAGAAAUAUGUAACAUUUAUUAUUUCUAAGGUUUACAAGCACUUUACUUGGAAGCUGUCUUUCAGAACUUAAGUAGAGCAUACUGCAAGUUCUUCGAUUUAGUUUUAAUUUUAUUUCACAAUUUUGUUGAUUCAUUUAUAAAAAUUUCUCUUAUAAACUAUUAAUAUACGUCGCAUGUGACAGUUUAUUUUUGUUUUCACAACUUUUUCGUGUUAUCUUAUUGUCAGAAUUGUUGAAAAUUUAGGGAAUUUUAUAAUUGAAAAUUAAAUGCGAAAAUUCGUAAUGUUAUUCAAUGUUUGCAUAUUUCCCACAAUUCAAUCCAUUGUUUUCUUUAAUAUAAUAUAUUUUUACACUAAGACCUAUAUUUAUUACUAAUUUAUUGCAUGUAGCAAUUUAAUUGACGUAUUUGUUGAAAAAAAAUUUAAAAUACAGUAUGCAAAUCUAAAAGGUUAGACCCAAGUUUUCAUUUGAAUAUCAAAAAAGUUCAAAAUUCAUUGUAAUUUUGUGAUUUCAUUCAACUUUCUAGUCGGACAUACUGUAUAUAAUGUUAGAUUAUAGGCUAUAGAUAUAUUGUUUAUAAUUGUAUUGUUACAAAAUAUAUAGUUAAUAAAAUA